CCACCUUCCCUCUCUCUCUCUCUCUCUCUCUCCCUCUGUCUCUCUCUCUGUCUGUGUAUCUCCAUCAGUCAGCCACACACACUCAGACGAACCCGGAGCAUGUGUGAGGGAGGACGUGAUGUGUCAUGGCGUAGUCGGCUGCUUUCUGUGAAUGUUGUUUAAGUGUGUGUUGACACACUCGGCUGCCGCUGUCACUCUCAUCGCCGUGUGUGCGCCUGCCAACCGGCCGUCCUGGCUAGCAACAUGUUCCGCCGAACCAAAAGUUGUCGCACCAGUAACCGCAAGAGUCUGAUCUUGACCAGUACAUCUCCCACUCUUCCCCGGCCUCACUCUCCUCUGCCGGGACACAUCGGAAGCAGUCCGCUGGACAGUCCUAGGACGUUCUCCCCCAGCGCACCGGCCCAUUUUUCUUUUGCAUCAUCCAGAAGGGCCGAUGGCAGACGCUGGUCUCUGGCCUCUCUUCCCUCCUCUGGAUAUGGGACCAACACACCCAGCUCAACGUCUUCCAGCUCGUCUCAGGAGCGGCUGCAUCAGUUGCCGUUCCAGCCCACACUGGACGAGCUGCACUUCCUGUCCAAACACUUUGGCAGCACUGAGAGCAUCACUGACGACGACGGACGGAGAUCACCGCAUGUGCGGCCACGCUCGCGGAGUCUUAGUCCAGGGCGAUCACCUUCCUGUUACGACAAUGAGAUUGUUAUGAUGAACCAUGUUUAUAAGGAGCGGUUCCCUAAGGCCACUGCUCAGAUGGAGGAGCGCUUGGCUGAGUUCAUCGAGUCGUAUUCGCCUGAGAACGUGCUGCCGCUGGCCGACGGGGUCCUCAGCUUCAUCCACCACCAGAUCGCGGAGCUGUCCCGAAACUGUCUGACCAAAUCUCGUGAAGGCCUCAUCACCACCGUCUACUUCUACGAGCUGCAGGAAAACCUGGAGAAGCUACUGCAUGAAGCCUAUGAGCGAUCAGAGAGCUCAGAGCUGACCUUCAUCACAGAGCUGGUGAAAAAACUCUUCAUCAUCAUCUCCCGUCCUGCCCGACUGCUUGAAUGUCUGGAGUUUAACCCUGAGGAGUUCUAUCACCUACUGGAGGCAGCAGAAGACCAUGCUAAAGAGGGCCAACUGAUGAAAGCAGACAUCCCGCGAUAUAUCAUCAGCCAGCUCGGCCUGACCAGAGACCCUCUGGAAGAAAUGGUGAAUUUGGAGAGUUAUGACAGUGAGGGACCCCACACACCAGAGACGGACGACUCAGCUGAAGGGAAGCUCAAAGCCAUCAAACCGCCCUGUGAAUCAGACUUCCAAACUAUCAAACUCAUCAGCAAUGGAGCGUAUGGAGCUGUGUAUUUAGUCAGACACAGAGAGACGCGGCAGCGCUUUGCGAUGAAGAAGAUCAACAAACAAAACCUGAUCCUGCGCAACCAGAUCCAGCAGGCGUUCGUGGAGCGGGACAUCCUGACCUUCGCUGAAAACCCCUUCGUGGUCAGCAUGUUCUGCUCUUUUGAGACACGCCGUCACCUGUGUAUGGUUAUGGAGUAUGUGGAGGGUGGCGACUGUGCAACCCUGCUGAAGAACAUCGGAGCACUUCCUGUGGAAAUGGCCCGAAUGUACUUUGCCGAAACAGUUUUAGCGCUGGAGUACAUUCAUAAUUAUGGCAUCGUACACCGAGACCUGAAACCAGACAAUCUGUUGAUCACGUCGAUGGGUCACAUUAAGCUGACGGAUUUCGGCCUGUCAAAGAUGGGGCUCAUGAAUCUCACCACUAACCUGUAUGAGGGACACAUCGAGAAGGAUGCCAGGGAGUUCCUGGACAAACAGGUGUGUGGCACACCGGAGUAUAUCGCCCCAGAGGUCAUUCUCAGGCAAGGCUAUGGGAAACCAGUGGACUGGUGGGCUAUGGGCAUCAUUCUUUACGAAUUCCUAGUGGGCUGCGUGCCGUUCUUCGGAGACACGCCUGAAGAGCUCUUUGGUCAGGUGAUCACAGAUGAUAUUGAGUGGCCUGAUGGAGACGAGGCGCUGCCUAGUGAAGCUCAGAGCCUGAUUUCCGCCCUGCUGCAAACCAAUCCGCUAGUGCGACUGGGCACAGGUGGCGCAUUUGAAGUGAAGCAGCACUCGUUUUUCUCGGGAUUAGACUGGAAUGGUUUACUCCGACAGAAGGCCGAGUUCAUCCCUCAUCUAGAGUCUGAGGAGGACACCAGCUAUUUCGACACGCGGUCCGAGCGUUAUCGGCACAUCAACUCCUAUGACGAGGACGACACCAACGACGAUGAGCCGGUAGAGAUAAGACAGUUCUCCUCCUGCUCGCCGCGCUUCAGCAAGGUGUAUAGCAGCAUGGAGCACCUGUCCCAGCUGGAGCAAAAGACACCUGUAGUCACCCGUCGAGAGCACAAAGGUCGCCGCGAUGACAAGAUGGCCAAGAGGGAGAGUCUGGGAAGCUUCACUAUGAGAGACAAGAGCUGGAGGACAGGCUCGCCUGAAAUGUACCGUUUGUCAUGCUCUGAGUCUCUGUAUAUGGAGGGAGACUGUAGUCCUCCGAUGGGCGCCCGGCGCCGUUUUUCAGCCCUAAUGGACACGCACCGUUUUGCCGCUCCUCAAGAGGGUGAUGGAGAGCUCUCAGAAAAACAGAGUGCCACUAAAGCCCCAGGAACAUCAGUAGAGGGAGCCACUGCUCCACCAUCGCCCAGUGCUAAUGAACAGAAGAUCGCUGGGAAGGAAGUGAUGCCAGCCAGUAAAGGUCCAGACAAGCCAUUGAGACCAGUUGAGGCGUCAGCACCACAGCCCAUACCAUCUACAGGAGCCAUAGCAGUGGUCGGUAGGGACGUAGUGUCCAUGAGUGACACUGUCGGACAGCGAGCGACCAAGGAUCUGGUGCUUCGACAAGCACGUCAUCAGCAGCUGUCAAGCGAUGGGGAGAAACGCACCUCACGUCCCAGCAACAAGGUCAUCAAAUCUGCAUCUGCCACCGCGUUGUCUGUGAUCAUACCCGGAGUUGAGCAGCAUGGUAGUUCACCAUUGGCCAGUCCAAUGUCCCCACGGUCUCUCUCGUCGGACCCCUCAUCGCGGGACUCCUCUCCCAGCCGUGAUUACUGCCCUACAGUAACAGUGCCUCGUUCACCAAUUACCAUCCACCGCUCUGGCAAAAAGUAUGGGUUCACACUCCGUGCCAUUCGAGUCUACAUAGGAGACACUGAUGUCUACAGUGUGCACCACAUAGUCUGGCAUGUGGAGGAUGGAGGACCUGCUCAGGAGGCGGGACUAUGUGCUGGUGACCUCAUCACUCAUGUCAAUGGUGAAUCUGUGCAUGGAUUGGUCCAUACUGAGGUGGUAGAGCUUAUACUUAAGAGUGGAAACAAGGUAACUGUGACCACAACGCCUUUUGAGAACACGUCCAUUAAAGUGGGACCAGCACGCAAGUCCAGUUACAAGUCCAAGAUGGCUAGACGCAGUAAGAGGACAGUCAAAGAGGGACAGGAGAGUAAGAGGCGUGGGUCUUUGUUCCGCAAAAUAACUAAGCAGUCCAACCUGCUGCAUACAAGCCGUAGUCUCUCAUCUCUAAACCGGUCCCUGUCGUCCAGCGAUAGUCUUCCUGGCUCUCCGACACACAGCUUGUCCGGUCACUCCCCUACCCAGAGCUACCGCUCAACUCCUGAGUCGUCGCACCUUGGUGCCUCCCCCCAGAGCAGUUCUCCUGCCUCUAGUACCCCAAAUUCCCCCGCAACAACCCAGCAUAUGAGACCCAGUUCCCUGCACGGACUUUCCCCCAAACUACACCGCCAAUACCGUUCAGCUCGCUGCAAGUCAGCAGGUAACAUUCCCUUGUCUCCACUGGCUCAUACACCAUCCCCAACUCAGUCCUCACCACCUCCUUUGCCUGGACACACAGUCGGAAGCUCCAACACCACCCAAACCUUUCCUGCCAAACUACACUCGUCCCCACCAAUCAUAAGGCCUAGACCCAAGAGUGCCGAGCCACCUAGAUCACCGCUACUCAAAAGAGUGCAGUCAGCAGAGAAACUUGGGUCACCGCUUUCAUCUUCAUCGGAGAAGAAAGGUGGGAUCGGGGUGAUGAGAAAGCACAGUUUGGAAGUCGGACAUUCAGAUUAUCGCAAGGACAGUUUCCACUGUGAGCUUGGCCUUCAGAGUUUGGUUGAGAUUGAGGGUGAGAAUCUGGCAUCUGCUCCAACAACUUCUCCUUCACCCACCCAACCAACCCCGUCACCACCUGAAACGGGCGUUCUGAAGCCGGUCAGGAAGCUGGGAAGGCAGGAGUCCCCUUUGAGUAGAGAUGCCUUGCUUGCCGGGAGAGAAAGGGAUCGAGACAAGGAGAGGACUGGUGAACCAAGUCAAGCCAGUGACCCUAAACCAGGGGCGGUCAAAGCAACGCUCCCUCCUGGUGGCAUUACUAAGACAUCUCCAACUGUUGAAGCAUCUCAGCGGCCCCCUUCCACACUACAGGAAAGUUGCCUAGCCAAGCCUCAGACUUGGCAGCCUCCACUGACCAAGUCUUCUCCGGUAGCAUCAGAGUCCAAGCCUAGUGUAGUUGCCUCCAUUCCAUCACCCCUGACCACAACGUCUUCCCCGUCUGCCAAAACAACAGAUCCAAGUUUCAUUAAGGAAACUGGAAGUGAUGACCAAGGAAGUCUUACAAAAGUUCCCCAAAGCCAGGCACUAGGAACCACCAAGCCUUCAAGCUCUGCGAGUACAUCAGGUGUUAUCAGCAAAGACUUGUUAGAGAAAGAGAAGAAAGAGGUAAAACCAGAAUUUGGGAAGACUACAACUUCAGUCAAGCCAAGCAUGCCAUGCAGCGCUCCUGGGAAGACAACAAGCACAGAGGUAACCAAAGCAAGUAAGGGACCAGGUGACGGAGAGAGUCUCAAAAAAAGUGUUUUAGAUUCCCAUACCAGAACUUUAGAUGUCAGGGCAAGAACUGCUCCAUCCAAAGGGAUUGUCCCAUCCCACCCACCCCAAGCGCAGUGCUCUGCUUUAGGAAAACUUAGGCAGGACAAGGGCUUAGCUCCAGUUAGCUGCUACCGGGGAACAUUAGAUUGGGAAGACAAAUGUCUCUUGGAAGUUGUUGAGGAACACUCUCCAUCUCCCACUCCUUCUCCAACUGGAGUGCCUCCUGAUUUGCCCAAGUCUCCCGAUGAAAGUUCUGGUUUGGCUACACAGUUGACAAGCACAGGGAAAUCUAUAGGGCCUGUUAAAGGUGGAACUCAGGAGGGGCCCAAGGCCAAAGAUUCCACCAAAUCGUUGGAGGUCACCCAGGCUUGUGCACCAGGAAGACUUGAUCCUGCUUCUGGGAGUAGACCAAGCCCCAAAGGAGCUGGUCAGAGUCCUACUAGCACCUCUCCGCAGGUCAUUACUCCUAAGAAUGGCUCUUGAUCUUGUCCUAGUUGGAAAAAUAAAUGCCUUUUUUGAGGGUUUAGCAGAAUUCAAUGUUUUUGAGCACUUAGACAUUUAGGGACAUUCCAGCCAGUGAAAAAAGGGCCGAAAACCAUAUUAUGCCGAACAAAGACAACAACUCCAAGGUUCUUUUAAAGGCUGUUAUUUAGUGUACAUGCAGAGCUGCGUCAGAAAAAGAUUAUAGAUGUAUUAUAUUAAAUUGUGUGUUGUGUGUGAGGAGGUGAAUGAGUGCAUGUUUCGUGGUGCUUGUGCAACAAGGUAAAAAAAAAUUGACUAGCGCAAAGUGCUUUAACAGAUCAAACAAUGCUGAAUACUGUGAACACCAAAACAAUGUUCCUACGUUUUCUAAGGUGACCAACCACAUAAUAUCCUUAAACACAAAAACUGAAAAGAAUCUGUUCAAGAUAACAGCAUAUCAAAUUCUUGGCAUAGGCAGAACGCAAUCAAGGACACAUUGCUUCCAUUGCUAUUUUUUGGCUUGUUAGGUGAUUCAGGAGUUUAUAAACAGGUUUAGCAUAUCCAUUAGUGCAGGGGUGCCCAAACUUGGUCCUGGAGGGCCAGUGUCCUGCAGAGUUUAUAUACCAAGUUAAGGCACCCCUGCAUUAGUGGCUGCUUUAGCCAUGAGAAGGUUGCUGGCAAAACCGUAGAUUCAUUCCACUUAUAAAAUUCCUUCUUAACCAAAUCUCUCAUCAUACUGAAUCAAGACUGUUAAACUGUCGUCAAUUUUGCUAAUCAAUGCCUUCUAGGGUAAAUAACAAAGGCCCUUUUUGGCAAGCUGGUGCAUUCGGUGGCCAGUCCUGAAUGGGGAAAGGCUAAAAUAUUCAAAGUAAAACUAAAACAUUCUAAGGACAUUGAUUAGCUUGUUCAGGUUUGUUUGAUUAGGGUUGGAGCUAAACGCAGGACAGCGGCUCUCUAGGACCAAACUUGCCUAAGCAUGCCAUAGAACAGGGGUGGCGAACGGCGGUCCUGGAGAGCUGCAGCCCUGCAGAGUUUUGCUUCAACUCUAAUCAAACACUCCUAAACAAGCUCAUCAAGUUCUGAAGGGUUACUAGGAAGCUACAGCCAGGUGAGUUUUUAUUAGGGUUGGAGCUGAACUCUGCAGGACUGCGGCUCUCCAGGACAGAUGUCCCUUGCCAUAGAAGACCAUUCUUAGUAUGCAUUGGAAAGCAGGCUCCUCUAUCUGCAUGUUUCUACCCUUACAGUGUCUCUGUAAAUUUCAGUUUACAGGCAGAUUUGAUUCACGCUCACAAGUUGUUCAGUGUUAUGCACAGCUCUUGACAUGGACCGGUGCAUCUUUAUUCUAUUCUGUGCUACUGAAUUCUGAGUGAUCGUUGACCUCACUGUGACUCUACCACUCAAGUCUCAUUUUCACUACCUGAAUAAAAAUACUUGAGCCAUAGUGGUUUUCAGUUGAUUAAAGCAAGGGGUCAAAGAUUGGCUAGUUAGCAUGCCCCGGUUAGCCCCUGUUGAUAGAUAAUAUAACUGCACCAUCUGGCUGCAAAAAGAGCAUUGACAGCCAUUAAAAAUUAGCUGUGUGGAAAUGAAUGCUAAUGCAUUUUGUAAAUCAGUAAUAUGAGAGAAGUAGUUAAGCAAGGCACUGGCUGAUUUUUAGAGCACUGACUAUUAAUAAUGAGAUCAUAAAGUGCUAAAUGCAUAUCAUAAUUUUAGAGGAUAUCCUUUAUCAUCUUGAUUACAUAGAUUGUUGGAUCAGUACAUUUAUGGUAGUUGGAAUCUGCAGAGUGAAGGAGGAUUGUAUGGUAAAUAUACUCUAUAGUUACUCAAGCAUCAGUAAAUGCCACUGUUGUCAUGGCAACCUAGAGCCGGUGUAGCCUGCCGUCUGUUGGCGUUUCUUUGUUUGAUCUGAAUGUUGUUCACUAACAUGCAGCGAAAAUACCACUAAACAUUUGUUUCUGAAGUAAAACUGUUUUCGCUUAAACAUAUGCAAAACAAAUGUUUGUCGGGAUGCCACUAAUGUUUUUUGUAGCAUUUGUUGUUUAGCCAUUUCCAAUGAAACAUCACUGGGAAACGGUUGUGAGGACAAGCAGUGGUUUUACUACAGUAACCAUAGUUUAUCUAUGAUAUUAGUAGUAAAACAGUAAAGAAACGGUAAUAAACAAAAUAGGAUAAACUGUAUUUGUCUCAGUAUUAUGAAGUAUAUAAUAUGUAAACGAAUUCAUAAGACAGACUGAAAAGUUUUGUGUUUUCAAAAGACUCACAAAACUACGUCUUACCCACCUUAUUUGUCCUGUAAGAGCGGACGCGGCCAUUUGUAAAUGUAAUGGGUCUGGCUUCCGGUGUAAUUCGCUUCCAGGUAUUUGUACAAACCCGCUUGUUUGGCUGCCUGAUAUUGCAGACUGGUGUCUUACCAUAUUACGUAUUAUCUUAAUUAUGAACACACUGGUUUGUAGUGCAAACAGUUUUGCCGUUUACUGCACUUUGAUAUCCUCCUCGUUAUUUCCAACAGCGGCUACUAAACCGGAAGCCUCGCUCAUUCACAGAAAACGAAGGUUACUUCCGCGAAGGUGGAUAGACAUUUUCAGUCAUUUAUCAGAUUUCUACACUUAAUUAUUUCAUGAACAUAUAGACUAAGGACAUUAUUUUGGAAUCAUUAUAUAACUUCAUUUAUCUAUUAAUGCUGUGUAUAAGCAUAUUGCAUAUGCAUAUGAGCAUAUUGCUAAAUAAAAUACAUAUAUAUAUCACAGAAAUGACGAUUUGAGCUUGUGGCAGGUAUAGAUGCAGUUAUGCUACCAUCUGAUGGCUGACAAGAACACUGUCACUAUUUUACACCUUAUAUUUACAUGGUAAUAGUAGUAGGAGUUGCAAUCAGUGAGGAGACCAAGAGUGCUUUAUUCAUUUGUAUUUCAUAGUACCGUACAGAGGUAUUGAUUUACUGUAGCAUGAUGAUGCCUUUGGAUAGACAUUUAGAUAUCUAUUAACCCUUCCGUAAAUGUAUUCUGACGCUGUUUAUCUCUCAAGCAGCUCUGUCAUCUCAAAUAUCUUUUGCUGUUUCAUAUCUGGUUUCAGUGUUAGUGAAGAUUUCUUUAUAUCUAUAAAACAUUUAUUUAUUGUAUUAUAUAGAAACUCAACACAGAGUAUAUCAGAGAGUUAUUCGGAUGUAUCAGUGAAAUGGAGAAGUGACGAUAACAUAUGCACAAAAUAAUGUAAAGAUUUUGGGUGAAUGUGUUAAUGUAUCUGAUGUUACACACCAGAAAACGUUUUUUUUUUUUUUUUUUUUUUUUUUUUUUUGCCCUUUGCAUGAAUUCUCAGUUGUGGUUAAAGACGACUAACAAAUCACUGGCCUGAAUGUUUCCACUUUAUACCAUGUGACUGUUAUAGUUGAUCGAGAGGAACUAACUAAUGUUUUAUAAUGUUCACUUAAUCUGUACUGUAAACCCCUGUGUCUUAUUCGCUUCUGAAUCAAUGGAUUUACACUGCAGAAUAGAUUCACAGAGUGAACUGAAAAACAAGAAUCCACACAUAUUAAAAGUAUGUUGUCCACUUAUUUGUGUCAGAAUAUAUUCUCAUGUGUUUGUGUUCAUGUGGCCAUAUUUUAGAAAUAUCAUUUUUUAUGUAGUUUCCUAUAAAAUGUGAUCUUUUGAGAAUGCACUUUAUUUCAUGAGUUGUUUUUUUUUAAUACGUUCUUUGUUGUCCAAAAUUCUGUACAAUAUUGUACAUAGAGGUAAAUAAAGACUUAAAGAUAUUCUGUUCCAAUGUGAAUGUCCUACGCAGGAGAAAUGAAGAGUGUCUCAGUCUUGUAUCACCUGUUAUGUGGCAUUUUGGACAUGAAUUUGUUAAUUUAUUCUAUUUAUUUGGUUCUGUACAUCACUUUUACUUACUGCAAAUGUCAUUCGAUCCAUUAACUGAGGUGCAGUGUGUGUAGUCAAUUAAUAAAGAGAUAUUGUAUAAAAUCA